UAUUACGAAGUAAUGAUACUACCGCAUCUAAACCAGAUGAAGAUAUCAGGGAAAUCAAGCAAUCUUCAGUUAAUAAAUCCUCUACUGAAACGGAAAAUCCCAACGUUACUCCUGAACAGACAGUUUCACAAAAUAAGAAUGUUCCGGAAUCUGAUAUUUCUAACGACACUUCAAAUUCUGAUGAAUCCAAUAAUACUUUUUUGGAAUUAUCUGAAAAUGUAGAUCAAGAAACUGGGACAUUAGUACCAUUGGAAAGCAAUAAGUCUCAAUGUUCUACAUCGCCUUUAUACACAGAGUCUAAAUCAUUAGAGGAUAAGGAAAUUUUUGAUUUUCUGGUUCGGGUAGAUAAAGAAGAGGUUAAAAAUAUGAUGGUAAAGAAAAAUAGGGAAAAGAAACUAUUACGAAACAAUGAAGAUCAGGAUGCUUCGAGAGAACCUAUUAAUCAGACACAAAGUACCAUUUCUUCUGAAAUAAAAAUUCCCUAUAAUCAAAAGGUUGAACAAGGUUUAAUAUGUGAGUUAUCUACAUUAAUUAACAAGAAAGGCCUUUCAAAUUCCAUAUCUGAUAAACAAAUUCUUGAAAAUAUGUUAGAUGGAGAUGAUUCAACUCUGGGUUCUGCAUCACAUUUGGCCCAUUUAUUCGACAAGGCUAAAAAAACUGGUCAGAAAGAAAUUUUACGUUGGUAUUGUUAUAGUGAGGAAUUCGAAAAAAAGAAUCUUCACGCGCAAACGACCAAACCAUCUAAUACAAAUGACAUAUUAAACAUUGAGGCAAGUAUACCUACUAAAACAUCUCAUGCCUUCGAUUCAAAAGAUAAG